AUGACCGACUCAUCCAAUUCAAAGAGCGGGUUUGAUCUCGACAUCUCCGGCGUAGCUGGUUUCUUCGGAGGCGACGUCUCGGUUUCCGCGAUGGCGACCGUCCACGUAUACGAGGGGCGGAAGUGGCUGGGAUGGUACAACCAGCCCGGGAGCUACGAGAUCGCCAAGCGGUACGGCCAGCUCAGUCGCUCGCGCUUCUGGGACGCGCUCUACCCCGGUGCCAACGUCGACCCCGCGGUCCUCUUCGAAUUCGACGGGAAGGAGGGGCCAAAGUUCACCGCUUCCCAGUCCGGAACGGUCUUGACCAAGACUACCCACGUCGCCCGUCUUUUUGCCGAGGAAUGCAAGGAUCUCUCAGUCAAAUCGCUCACUCCACCGCCGGGGAUGCGAACGACGACGCCAGGAACCGUAACCAUCGCCAAUCUCACGCACACCCCGCAUGAGGAGGAGACUCCGCGGCAAGGACGGGACACAGCCAGCGCCCUCGCCUGUAUCCCCAUCCUCACCUCGAUCGGCGCAUGCGUAGGAUGUGUCCUGAUCCGCGAGUGGUACGCUUUCGCGUGCAUCCUCAUAGGCAUCAUCAGCAGCGGCUUGUCCUGCUUCGUGAUCGGCAUGGGCACCCUGAAGUUCAAGCAUCCUGCUCCUGCGCCAGGCGCGCCCGCGGGAGAUGGCGUCCUGAAAAGCGGAGGUACGGAGCUGGUCAUCCUAAAGGGGGAGGAGGGCGCAGUCAACGCGAUCACGAGAGGACAGUUCACCCUCGACUACAACAGCGCACCCGAAUAUCACACCAUCGGCGUCUGCUCGAUGUUCCUCACCCUGCAAUUCGUCGCGCAACUCCUUCUCAUCCCGCAGAGCGAACUGCACGGGCAGCUACUUUUCCUCGCCACUCUCUUCUGCUCUUGGGUAUACAAUUCCUACCUUUCGUCUUUGGACAGGGAGAACAUCCAGCGGGCGAUCCUCCGCGACCAAGUUCUGCAAUUCAAGCCGGGCCAGCUUGAGAAGUACGAACUCGGGACUAGAACGGCGAUGGUGACGUUCGCGCUGCUCACUCUCGCCCCUGCGAAGACGCAAGCUCUCAAGCGAGUGCUGGACGACUUGCUCCCGAACGACACCGACGUGUGGUGCUCGUGGAAGAAUGAAGUGCUCCGCUGCAUCGAAUCCAACUUUCACGAGAGCAUGGAUUUCCAGUUCGAAUUCGGUCUCCCCCCUGCUCUCACCGCCAACGAUUCGGAAGUGAAACUCCUGAACACGCUCUACGCGGACGCAUCGGCUGCUGCCGCCAUGUACAACGCAUACCGAAGGUGA